AUGGAGGAAGACGAACGGCGGUUCUCGUUUCCGCCUCCGGCGCCGCUCCACUCGCCAGGCGAAGAGAUAGACGGGUCUCGCCUCCUCGGGGAGAUAGUCCGGACUCUUGAAGCUACUAAUCCCGAAGCCGCUGCGCCCCUGGUAGCUUCACAGUCCAAGGAUGCCCUCGAUACGGAAUGCGAGAAGCCACGCCGAGAGGAAUUGCGGAUUGCCUUGGAUGUCACGUUCUCAGAGCCACCUCCGGGACGUAGUGAUGAGCCUAGGGCGGUGGUCACGCCUUUCACGCGUGAGUCAGCCAAGCGAGCUGGGUCCCGGGGUGCCCAGUUGGUCAGGGAGUUUGGCUUCAUGCCGCGGAGGCGACUCAGCGUGGAAGACGGAGCCCGACUGCCUAGGAAAUAUGAACCGUUCCCGCCCAAGCUGUAUGGACGACCGCUGGAGGAGAUCGAUAAUUUUAUUUAUGAUGAGGUAAGUUUAGUUCCUAAGUGA